GCACCGAGUGGGGAUGCUCGACCUGUGGAGGGUGAACCGUGGUCACAAGAUGCAGCUUUACUAGAGAACAACACAUCUAUUACAUUGUAGGAACUUAAAGAUAAUAGAAGAAAAUACUUUUUUUCCACCCAACAAUAAUGGCAUCAGUCUCCAUGGAAUACUUUCAAAAAUCUCAUUUGCUCAAGGCCUUUAAUGUUAAAUCUUUUCUUCAAUUCUAAACCUCAAUCUGCGCACCGGCAAAUGUGUCCAUCGUGGCUCAGGGGCAAAUUUUUGAUGGCGGGGAUCCAGCUGGUCCGUGUCAAAGUGAGCUGGACGGUACUUCUGGCUCUGGCCCACCUCACAUACCUGCUAUUUGGAGCCAUCAUUUUCCAAAUUCUGGAGCGGGAAGCUGAGAGCAACAACCGAAACCACUUCCAACUGGAGAAGUUGAAUUUCUUGGCUAAUUACACCUGUCUGGAUGGGCAGGCCUUGGAGAAGUUUGUUCAGGUGAUUUUAGAUGCAUGGGAAAGGGGCGUGAAUCCCUCGGGCAACUCAACUAACCCCAGUAACUGGGACUUCAGCAGCGCCUUCUUUUUUGCCGGCACCGUGGUCACGACAAUCGGCUAUGGCAACCUGUCUCCCAGCACCGUGUCCGGUCAGGUGUUCUGCGUCUUUUACGCCCUGUGCGGCAUCCCACUCAACCUGGCCUUCCUCAAACAGUUGGGCAAGUGUCUCACCAUUCACUUGGGUCGUCUGGAGAGAGGUAUGGUCGCAGUGGUUCCACACAAGCAAAUUGUCGAGGCCUUGGCAGUGAGCUCCUUUUUCGUCGCCGGCAGUCUGCUGUUUCUGGUCGUCCCCCCGCUGCUGUUCAGUUACGUGGAAGGCUGGACAUUUGGCGAGGGCUUCUACUUUGCUUUCAUUACCCUCAGCACCAUUGGGUUUGGAGAUUAUGUGGUGGGGACCGACCCAGACAAGGAGUACAUCUCCUUGUAUCGUAGCCUGGCAGGUAUCUGGAUCAUCUUUGCUCUGGCCUGGCUUGCGCUUAUCCUCAGCCUGGGAUCGAGAAUAAUGGCGCACAUGAUUGGCUUGACCCAUCCGGGCUUUAAGAAGCAGCUGGAGGAUGAGGGCGCGUCCUCCGGUAAACUGGAAGACACCUCAAAGAUCUGACACGUGAGCUGGGUUGGAAUACUGCAUUGAGAUAGUGGAAGCAAUUUGAAGUUUUAUGCUGUUUUAUUUUAGUCAAAUUAUACUUCAUACAUUUUGUGUGGCGUGCAUCUGCAUCUCACAAAGUAUCAUCGUCCCCUUCUCUCAUUGAUAUUAUUGCCUGUAUGCAUCCAAUUUUCAUGCGAUGCUCUUACACAAGAAAAUCUACCUCACUAAGCCAACCACAGUCACCACACACUGGACAAACUUUCAGGAAGAAAAAGACAUUGCCAUUUUUUGCUACUAUUAUGGAAAAAAUAAUUUUCUUUUGUGCUGUUCUUUUUGUUGUAAUACAUGACUGAACACAUUUUGGACAUUCUGUGCAUUGACUGUGACUUUAUUAGCCUCCACAAUCUAAUGAAAUAACAUGCAAGAGCUGGAUUGAAAACAAAAAACAAAAUAUGCCUUUAUAGAAGUAAUAAAAGUCAGUUUUGAUUGAUGUAAUUUGACAAUAAUGUCAAUUGUAGUUUCACUUUCUGGUGGUGUAAGCUUUACUCCACCCUACUGCGAA